CGGAUUUCUCGCGUACCCCGGUAGUUUGCCAGGUGCCCGCGUGGAAAAAUCGUCGCGUUAUUAAGCGCUUAUCGGGCAGUUUUUCUCGUAAUGUUCGGGUCAUCGUUCACGCGUUUUCAAGCUGCGCUUUUUUAACUCGCCGAAGGGCGAUCUAAAGGACAGGGGGCCGCCUCUCGCGAUCCCAAAAAUGUCCCGCGCAUGUCGAUGUGUAGCGCGUUCCAUGGAGUGAGUCCCCUGCGUCGUUUUUGAAGGAACGUGAGGCGCGCUUGGCGCUUUUUCGUCGUGCGAAGCCGCGCUGCUAGGUGGAAACUGUCGGCAGUAGAUGCUGUUCAGAGCUGUCUGCGGAGCUUUCCUAACGUGUUGCUUUGCUACGUUUGUCAUGGCUUGGAGGUCGCACGGCAAGAACAACCUCGAUUUGGUGCGCAACUUGAAGCGCAAUGGAAUCAUCAGGACCCAGAAGGUUGAAGACGUGAUGAGUAGCGUUGACAGAGGAAACUUCUGCCCGCACAACCCCUACAUGGAUUCACCGCAGGGGAUCGGAUACGCCGUCACAAUCAGCGCACCGCACAUGCAUGCCCAAGCCUUGGAGUCACUCAAGGACCACCUCAAAGAAGGGGCUAGGGCUUUGGAUGUCGGCUCUGGGAGCGGCUACCUCACAGCUUGCAUGGGGCUCAUGGUUGGUGAGACUGGCUUGGCCGUGGGCAUUGACCACAUCCCAGAACUGGUCAACGAGUCUAUUGCCAACAUUGAGCGCGACCAGCCACAACUGCUUAAAUCUAAGCGGGUCAAGCUGAUCGUGGGAGAUGGUCGUGAAGGAUAUCCUGAGCACGCUCCGUACGACGCAAUCCACGUGGGAGCGGCAGCCCCAGAUAUGCCUAGAAAGCUGGUGGAACAGCUGAAGCCCGGUGGACGCCUGAUCUGCCCCGUCGGACCGGCCGGUGCGAGCCAGACGCUGGAGCAGGUGGACAAACUGGAGGACGGCACGGUGCGGCGCACCUCCCUCAUGGGCGUCGUCUACGUGCCACUGACGGACAAGGAGUCUCAGUGGCCCGGAAGGUGGUUGGCCGCCGUGAUGAAUUAUAAGAGAAAGGCAGCAGCGCGCAGCAAGCAUGAAGAGUCGUCGUCUCGCCAAGCAGAGCCUGACAAGACCUAGUCCUUGUUCCCUUCUCCUAAGCGACAACCUAGACAAGCACAAAGCGGGGGCGCGUUUUCACUCCAGGUUGCGCAAGAUGGCAGUCUCUCGCAGUUGACACCUCCAGCCCUUUUUUUUAAAUCCUUUCUCGUCCCAGAAAUGUGCUGAUUGUUGCGAACUUAUUUAUGGACUCUACACCUGCCGCAUCAGCUUGAUGUUGCAAAGCUGAACUGGCAAUUCCCCACGAACUUUUGGGUCGUGCGAGUGUGUGACUGGGUGAUUGGUGUGGGUGUGGUGGGUGCGUCGAAUAUGUGAAAGGAGCUGGGGUCGUUGGUGUCAUUCCUGUGCCUCCUUUAAAAGUGUUGUGUCUGAAAUGAGCUUUGGCAAUGCUCUAUAUCUGCAAGCUGUGUGUGUCUAUGCUCACCCCUACCCCUCCCCUUUUUUCUUCCCUUUCUUUUGCGCUGUGUGAAGUGUUAGUCAGGCCUAACCUUGGAGCAACAGAACAUGCAGCAUUUCAGGGGGUAAACUACUCUUCAAAAAAAAUUUUUUAAAGCAUCUUGAUUUUGAUGAGACCUUUAGGGUUUAUGUAUAUUUAUGUGCUGAAUUGUAAUAUAGCAGUUAAUUUUUAAUACAGUAUGAAGUUUUUAAUAGUAUACAGUAAAACAAGAAUGGGUGUUCUUAACCCUUCUGAACAAGUAUUAUGGUAUACUUAAAUUUUGGUACCUAUAUUCCUGCUUGACAUAGACUCCCUUGUGAAUGUUAAGCAUAUCAUAACAGUAAGUUUAGAAUAUCCAUUCUUGAUUCAAUGUAUGCAGUUUUCAUGCCAGAUUAUUGUAAUAUGCUGAUUUGCUCUGUGACUAUGUUUAGGAAAAGUCUUGCUCCUAACAGUGCCCAUGAAAUAUUUCAUAUUAUAGAAACUGCAAUAUGCACAAAACAUAACUUCAUAUUCAAAAUUGGCACAUGAAUGUACAUAAACUUUGCAAGUUACGUCAAAAUUCAUCAAGAAUUUCAGAUAAAGCAUUAGGGUCCAUUGUCUCUUUAAUCACAUCUUGAAGGUUUUCACAGCUGUCCAUGAAUGUAAGAGCUCACUGAGUCUCUGAUUUGCCAUUCAGAACUGCUCGAAAUUUCCCGAAGUGCUUUAUUUCACCAGUGAAAAUUGGUACGUGCAGUGGCUAUAAUAAACAUGGGAAAUAUGGGCGACAAACCAGAGACCCACCGAUGUCCAGUGUUCUGGAUCCAGUGGAAUGACUGGGUCAGUUCUAAUGGUUGCACUCGCAUUAUCGGUUGGGCAUUGAUGCAGGUGGGCGAGUUCUCUCCGGUGAUUCCAAGUGGGCAGGAAGAUGUUUAUGUUAUCAUAGCUGUGUUUUUUUUUGUGAUCUUAUACUCUCUACUAUGUAUUGUGCUUUAAAAAACUGCAUGCAUUUUUUCUAUUAUUAGUGCUGUCAAGGAUCAAGGCUUGUUUACUUUUACUAAAGAACAAGCGACUGUUGCAAGGGCAUGGUCAGUUUGGUGUCUUUGUACAACCACCAAUUUUUCUUAACCUCACAAGCGUCAACUGCUAAUUCUGUGAGCGUUGUGCCACAGUGCACAGCAGUGAAGUGAAUGAGAAUAAGUGCAUGACACGAUGAGCUGUCCUGUGUGCUGCUGUCUUCUGCUAGGUUGUUCCAGGAAUUGGACACCACACCCACUUGGGAGCAUUGUUCUUUGCCAUUUUUUUUCUUUUCAGAAUGCUGUCAUCAAGUUGUAAAGAAAAGUUUGACUUGAGAUACAUGGGAUGUGACAUACACCCAUAUAUUCUACUGUGUGUAUCCGCAUUUUUUUUUACUGUGGUUCAUGCAGGUCGUUCCUGUGGCAAAAAGACAUCUGUCACUGCAAGCCAGAAAAAAAAAAAAGAUAGAAACAAGGAUGAGAAAGAUAGCGGAGUGGGUACGUUUCACAUAACAGUCCAGCAGACAAACGCUGCACUGGACUGUUAACUGCACGCAUGCGUGUAUUCUCAUUCAUUUCGCCGCUGUGCGCCAUUAUAUGCCAUUUAUAGACUCGGUUGUAGAGGUUUGUGCGUUCAGUUUAGAAAAAUGGGCAGCUGUACGUCAUUGCAUAUAUAAUGCUUUUCAGGGUGUGAAAAAAAAAAACAUUUUUUUUUGAAGUUCUUCUGACAUACCACAUGUCUGAAAACAGAAAUAGAUGGAGCUCCAGGAACUUGAUGAACUGUUCUUUUCAACCAAGUAAAUUUUGCUAUGCAACUUUUUUUAAAAUUAAUUGAUGUUUGCUUAGAAAGCUUUCUAUAGUUAUCUCACUAACUUAGUAAAUGCCCUCAAAGAGUGCACUGAAUGAAUUGAGUCAAGGUCAAGUUGCUUUGGUGAGCACUUAAUAAACGAUUGGUGUUGCCCAUA